AUGGGACCCAAGCAAAUUAAGGAUGUUCGUGACUUCAUCGCCGUUGCUAGAAGAAAGGACGCGAGACAGAUCAAGAUUAAGAAGGGAACCGCUGGAGAAACCAAGUUCAAGGUGCGAUGCAGCAAGUACCUUUACACCUUGAUUGUGAAGGAGCAGGCUAAGGCUGAUAAGCUGCGUAAGACCCUUCCUCCUGGUAUCACUGUUAUCAACAUUGAUAACUAA